AAACGCAAUUUUAUUUUUAAUCGAUCAAUAUUUUACAAUAAUCGAUUCAAUAAACGACAAAUUCUGAUUGGCGUGAUCAAAGUGUUUAGAUAUUUCUAUAAAAUAUAUGAUUUUCUUUUUGCGUAUUCGCAAUAACACCAAUGUCAACUAUUUUCAUUCUUAUUCAUAUAUACAAUAUAGUUUAGCAUAUCAUAUACAUAUAUUAAGCUCUUUAUAAAACUUGAUUACAUUAGUGGAAUAUUUCUACUGCCACCUAACAAGUAUUUCCAAAUAUUUUCCCGUUGAAUGCAGUCGAAGUAAAUGAUAAUAUCCUCUGUUGUAAGCGAUAUAAUCGACGAGUACAAUGGAUCUUGCAAUCAGAGAAAGUUCCAGUGAUUCAGACGAUUUUCAAGUAUUGGAAAAUGAUGAACCUGAAGAAGUAACAAUACCUUUUGAGAAUACUUUUGACUUGGCCCUUCCAACCACACAUUCUUACUUAGGGAAUAAUUUAAAAGAACUCAGAGGAAGAACAUUGCUAGAUGAUGGAAUUUACAAGAAUUUGCCAUUGUUAAUUAAGAAUUCUAUUAUUUUAUUUCCUGGACAAACAUUACCAAUUAAUUCAGAAAGUAUAGAAAUUACUAAUGUGUUACAAACCUGCAUUCGAAGAGAUCAUAUAUUUGGUGUCAUAUGUUCAAACAAUGGUAAGACGGUACGUGUAGGCACGACAGCUGAAGUUUAUGAAUAUUAUGAUGGUGAUCUAAUAGGAAGAAGUUUUCGACUAAAAGCGAAGGGUAGACAGCGAUUCAAAAUAAUAUGUAUUAUAAUGAAGGGCUAUGAUAUAGUUUCUGCAAAUGUUAAAAUAUUACCAGAAGUUACUUUAAAACAUCCAUUCUUGGAUUAUCGUUUAACUUCAUUAGAUUAUUUACGAAUACGACCGAUUACUCAAAAAGAAUGGAAACAGCAAGAUUUUGUUGAGAAAAUAGAUUCUACGAUAACUCCAUGGCCAUCUUGGGUAUAUAAACAGUAUGAUCCUUUGAGAUUGUCUUUGAAAAUACAGCAUCAUUUACAAUUUCUUGAAAAACGAGGUUGUAACAUACCUAAAGAUCCAAUUGAAUUAUCAUUUUGGGUUGCACAAAAUGUAUUAAUUGAUGAUGAUGAAAGAAUUGAUUUAUUAAAUUAUGAUUGUGCUAUUGCAAGGUUACAAAGAGAAAUAAAAUUUCUUAUUGAGGAUAGAUCUUUUGUUUGUAUACAUUGUGAUAAUUUCAUGACCCAUCAAUCAAAUAUGUUUCCAAUGAGUAAGGAUGGUCUUCAAAGUACGUAUUGUAAUGGCUAUGGUGUUAUAUUUGAAACAAUAACUGUCUACCAUGCAGAAGGAUUAAGGCUUAAUAUGGAUACAUAUUCAACGGAUUAUAGUUGGUUUCCAGGAUAUGCCUGGACAACAGCAAGUUGUAAUAUCUGUUUUUCUCAUGUGGGUUGGAAAUAUACAGCAGUAAAAAAUAAUUUGAAACCUAAAGUUUUUUGGGGCUUAACUCGUAGGGCUUUAAAAAAAAGAACAAAUAAUAAAGUAGAUGAUACAUCAGAUACCGACGCCAACCCAAUUGGCAAUUGAGAAAAUUUUUUAUAUUUCAUACAAAUCAUUGAUAUACUAUAGCUUUAUUGCAGUAAUUAUCAUUGUAGUAAAACUUAUUGCUUAGUUGUGUUAAUACAUCUUAAAAUGAAAUCAGUAAGAACCCUAAAGAAUGUAAAAGAUAGAAUGCACUUUGACAGAAUGAUAUUAACAAUUGUUUCUGUGCAUGAAUAUGUAUACACGUCACGUUUAGUAAAGACUUGCCGUAAUAGAGUGUAAAUAUUGUGUGGAUAAAAUCCGAGAUAGAUCAUGGUUUUACGAUUAUAUUAUUCAGAUUAACCGUUAUAUGUAUAUGGAAAGUAACCUCUUUUUUACUUUUCAUAACCAAUAUAUAGAUUAUUAAUUAUAAUGGUCUUUUCACAUUGCUAUUCUACAAAUACAUACAAGAUUGUAUAUCAUGUUAUUUCCUAAAUAUACAAAAUUUCAAUCUGUGUAUACAAGAUAAUGAAUGGUGAUAUAUCGUAUAUGUAUAUAUAUAUAUACAUAUAUAUAUAUAUAUAUAUAUAUAUAUGUAUAUAUAGAUAAGAUAUUUUGUUAUUUAUAUAUUAAGAAAUAAAUAAAAUCAAAUUUAAUGUCACUGUAUUGUGUGUAGUUUUUUCUAUAAAUGAAAUUUUACAUGUAGAAAAUAUAAUAUUUAUAAUUUUACUACAUGUAAUGUAAAUAAAUAUUCUAUUACACAACGUAUUUUGUGUGUAUAUACAUAUGAUACUUUAUAUACAUGUUAAAAAGACACUAUAUAUAUAUAUAUAUAUAUAUAUAUAUAUAUAUAUAUAUGGAAAAUCAAUGAGCACAAUACAUGAUAUGGAUAUAAAGGAAGCAGGAGGAUGUAGAAAAUUGAAUGUCAUGUUUGUAAUCAUUUUUUGCGCAUAUCGUAUAUUUCUUGAUUACCUUAAAUCAGUUAAAUUUAUAAUAAUCAUAUGUUCAUUAUCUCAAUCAUUCUCUUGUAUAUGUAUCGUGUUGUGUUAUUCAGGUUAAGGCAGCAGAUGUUUAACACAAUCUGCUGUUAAAGUAAACCAUUCAAUAUAGCAAUUUGUAUUGUAUUACUAUCGGUCAGACAUUUCAGAAAAUGAUGAACCUGAAGAAGUAACAAUACCUUUUGAGAAUACUUUUGACUUGGCCCUUCCAACCACACAUUCUUACUUAGGGAGAAUAAUUUAAAAGAACUCAGAGGAAGAACAUUGCUAGAUGAUGGAAUUUACAAGAAUUUGCCAUUGUUAAUUAAGAAUUCUAUUAUUUUAUUUCCUGGACAAACAUUACCAAUUAAUUCAGAAA